AUGAACGCACACGUGCAGGAACCGACGAAGAAAGAUGCAGCUGUUGCUAACAAGCAUACCGGAUUUCCCGAACCCUUCAGUGAAGACCGAAAUACCACGCUCCCGCAUCCAGAGGCAGAUACAUCUCCAAAUGCCACGAUUGAAGCUCCAGAUGUCGACUUGACACGAACACACUCCCGCAGCUCGUUCCUCCACCGCAAACAUCACUCGCAUCACCUAUGGAAUUCUCAUGAUACGCCUGAGAAGAUGGGUCUUUACGACAACAUCACAUACGCAGACGAUGACACUGAAACUCUUGCCCCCGAACAUAUCGAGAAGGCGAACGGUGUUGAUGGUAUACACGAAGAGGUCGAGCAGAAGAAAGGUCUUUUGAAGAAGUUGGUUAUGCAUAAGGCGUGA